UCAAUAAUUACUUUAGUAUUUUUAUGUACAUUUUUCAUGAUUUACUUUAAUUGAUUUCUCUUUGAAAAUUAAUUAAACUUUGAAAAUCUUUUGGCGUCUAAAACUGUGCAAAUGAAGAAAAUGCAACACAAUAUACUAUAAAACUAUUCAGUUAUUAAAUAUGAGGUCAGCUUCACAUCAUAUAAUUGUAAGACAAGGUUAUAUUGAUGUUAAAAUAGUAAAGAAAUCAUCGAUAUUUUCGAAGAAUUUGAACAAGACUUAUUUGGUUUUGCGUUCUAAUCCUUUUGCCCUUGAACUAUAUGGAAAUGAAUCACUUACAGACUUGAGUAUAUCACACAAUAUUAAAUCUGUUAAUUUAGUUGAAAAAAUUAAUAGUUUAAAAUCUCAUCAGUAUGCCUUUAAAGUAGUUAUUGAAAGUGAAGAAACUGAGAAAUUUAUUUUUGGGUGUGUUAGUUCUGUUUUGCAAGAUGAAUGGAUAAAUUCUUUCUUGGAAAUAAAAAACAGUUUAAAAUAUGAAUACUUAUCAUUUGAAAAUUCUUCGCAGAUCACAGAGUCUGAUUUCAAAGACAAAAUAAAUAAUAGCAUUUUUGCUACUAGUGAUGAAAGAAAAACAACUGAUAGUAAUGUUUACAAAAAUAAAAAUUGUCAAAGUUAUUCUUUUGAAAAUGGAGUUAGUGGUUAUAUUCUUGAUAUGAAUGAUUCUAACACAUUUCGUGAUAGGUCAUUUUGUAUUGAUAAAAAGAAAAAAAGAAUGAAAAACUUAUCUUCGUCAGCUUUGGCUAUAAAUGAUACUUCGGACCAUAAACCAGUCAAGGAAAGUAAGAUAGGCCAGUUAGAGAAUAGGUUAGGAUUGGUUACUUCUGGUUUUAUGAGCACUAUAAAACAUAAGAAAGGAUUACCUGUUGUUAGCCAAAAGUCUUUUACAAGUACUUCACUUAACAAGUUAUCUGAGUUACCUUCAAAAACAGAUCCUCGUCGCUCGAGUGAGCCCUUGAAAGUUAAGCUUCAGGUUCAUAAUGUUUCAAGAGGCUUUCAGAGCUUUGACGAUUCUUUAAAUAAAGAAGAAUCGAAAACUUGCGCAGAAAAAAUUGCUGAAAAUAACUUGAAAGAAUUUCAAGAAAAAUUAAGACAAAAGUACUAUUUAUCAAAGAAAAAAAGUGUAUUUAAAAAUUUACGACAACAAGAGUUUGAUUUGGAGAGAGGACCAGAACCACCUGAUUUAGAUCGAAAUACAAAACCAUGUGUAAUUUUUUCUAGUACAAAAGAUAAUGAAAGUUUAACAAAGCUAACUUCUAUUGACAAUAUAUCUCCUCCUGUACCAGAAAGAAUUUCUUGCCCAACUCCAAUUAAUGAACAAUUUUGUAAAGGAAUUAAUAGUUCAAAAACUAAUUCUGAAGGUGUUAACAAGCCCCUUAAUGCAAAUAAAGUAGAUUUUUCACCUCUGCUUUCUCCUAAAAAUUUCUUAUAUAAUGUAAUGGAUGAUGGGAGUAUACAAGUUGUUCGUCAAUCAAUUCAAAUAAACAAUGAGAUUCAAUCCAUAAAAGAAAUAUUACCAGACAGAGUUGAUGUUUUAUUAAAUAAAGUAGAUGUUUUAUCUGGUACUGUAGAAGGAAUAAUUGAGAAUAAGAGCUUUAAUCAAGUAACAAAUUUGCAGCCAGCUGUUUGUAGGAAUCAACCAAUAAAUCUCAAAUCAAAUGAUUGCAUGGCUCAUCAAAAAAAUAUGCAAUCAGGAUUUUUGAAUCAACAAAUAAAUUUGCAACCAACUGAUUGCAUAUAUCAGCAUGUCAGUUUACAAUUAACUGCUUCCGUUGACCAGCAUGUCAAUUUACAAUCAACAAAUUGCGCAGAUCAGCAUAUAGAUUUACAACCAACUGCUUAUACGGAUCAGCAAAUAUCUUUUCAACCAAAUAAAAUUUGUUUAUCACAAUCAACAAAUCUAACUGUUAACAACAAAUCGUUAGAAAGUGUAGAUGCUUCUGUUUGUAAUGUCAACAUCUCAAUGCAGAUAAAUAAUGAGAGAAAUUUUUCUGGAAGCACUGUCAAUAAAAUGACUCCAUUUAAAUGUUUACAAACAGAUAUUUUUUCAAAUAAGUCUUCUAAAAUCAUAAGUUCUUUACCAAAAACAUUUGUUGGACCAACUCAAAGUCAAUUUCCUCAAUCUAAAAAAAGUUUAUUUAAAUUUAUUAAUGUGAACUAAAAAAAAGUUUAAAUUUUUCAAUUUUUAAUGAAUUUUUUUUUUUUGUAAAUAAUAAAGAUAUUUUAAAUUAUUUAUACAUAUGUAUAUAUAGUAUGCAGUAGAAAAUUUAUAUGUUUUUUAAGUA